AAAUCCCGAUAUAGAUAUAACGAUAGAUACCAUUUUAUAUAGAGAUUAUCGAUAAAUUUUAUUCAUAUAUUUAUCAACAGCACUAGUGCUUUUUUACCAAAUUUAGUGCAAUUUUUUAGAAAACACCGGUUUUAAAAGCCCCCGCAAACAUGUCACAGGAAUUCAACAAAGCGGCCGAGGAUGUGAAAAAUCUGAACACCACGCCCUCCGAUAAUGAUCUGCUGGAACUUUAUAGUCUUUACAAGCAGGCAACCGUGGGAGACUGCAAUACAGAUAAGCCCGGAUUCUUGGACUUCAAAGGCAAGGCCAAGUGGGAGGCCUGGAACAACCGCAAGGGAAUGAGCCAAUCUGACGCCGAGGCUGCUUACGUAGCCAAGGCCCAUGCUCUGGUAGCUGCUGUGGGUCUCAAAGCCUAGAUAUUAUUACUCAGACCGGCAUUUUCUACAUACACCCGUAAAUCCGAUGCAUUUGCAAUCUAAGUGGUCGUCAACCGCACAAAGUUUUUAAUUUUUUAGCUUUCGCACAAAAUAUACACCGUCUUAACGAAA